AUGAAACAGCGUUUUUCUCAAGUAGCAACUGUUAUAUUCUUCGUCAUGAGUAUCCGUUCUCCAAGAAAUCUCGGCUUUUUUUUUACUCUUGCCCUUUUUGUCGUACUUGUUUGCUCCCAGGAAUGGUUCUCCUUUGAAAUGAAUAGAUCUUGUUCAAUGAAAGUGGAACAUAGAAUGCAAUUUUUGUCAACUAUAAUCAGUGAACAUCAGAAAUCGGAUGUGAAUUGUUGGGACCAAAUCGCAAAGAAGAUGAAUGUAUACUUAUUUGAGCAGAAAGUUUCCGGCUCAGACGUGUUUUUCUUAGAUGGAGCAGAUUGUGAGCGCUUUUUCGAACGUAAUUUCCUCCGUUAUCUACCCUCAAGAAAGUCUUCCCAUCCUGACCUACCAAUUGCUGAAUUGUUGCCGUAUAUCAGAAAAGCCGACAUUGCCUGUGCUGGUAAGCAAUUGAUUUAA